AGACAGCCGUUGGAAAGAACGAGAGUCGAGUCGCGCUGAAGGAAGGAACGGCUGCGGAUCUUAAUGAGCCAGUUGCCCGUUACAAACGGAGAUAACACACACACACACACACAAGACACGGACACUGAUUGAAACAAACACACGGACAUUUGAGGUUCUCCAAACAAAACUUAUACUGUAGUCGCAACGCACAAAAACACACAGUUCCGCGUUGAAACCUAAACCGAACCUAAACCUAAACCAUGGCUGACUCCGGAGCGAACAGCAACAGCGACGGGGAGGAAAAACCGAUGCGGGGCUUCGCUCGCCAGGGCGCUCUCCGACAGAAGAACGUGCACGAGGUGAAGGACCACAAGUUCAUCGCUCGUUUCUUCAAACAGCCGACCUUCUGCAGCCACUGCACCGACUUCAUCUGGGGAUUUGGCAAGCAGGGAUUCCAGUGUCAAGUGUGCUGUUUUGUGGUCCAUAAGCGGUGCCAUGAGUUCGUCACCUUCCAGUGUCCUGGUGCAGAUAAGGGGCCUGAUUCAGACGACCCGAGGAGUAAACACAGGUUUAAGGUCCAUACUUACUCCAGCCCUACGUUCUGUGACCACUGUGGAUCCCUACUCUACGGGCUGCUACACCAGGGCAUGAGAUGUGACCAUUGUAUGAUGAACAUCCACAAGCGGUGUGUGGCCAACGUUCCCAGUCUGUGUGGAACGGACCACACUGAGAGGAGAGGACGCAUCCAGAUCACAGCAGAUAUCAAGGACAACAAACUCGCCGUCACCAUCCAUGAAGCCUGUAACCUGGUGCCCAUGGAUCCAAACGGUCUGUCUGACCCCUACGUGAAGCUCAAACUCAUCCCCGACCCCAAGAGUGACACCAAGCAGAAGACCAAGACCAUCAAGGGAAACCUCAACCCUACCUGGAACGAAACUUUCAAAUUUCCCCUGAAGGAUUCUGAUAAGGACCGUCGUCUGUCGGUGGAGAUCUGGGACUGGGAUAUGACCAGCAGGAACGACUUCAUGGGAGCGCUGUCCUUCGGCAUCUCAGAACUCCAGAAACAAGGAGUGGACGGAUGGUUUAAGUUGUUAUCUCAGGAGGAAGGAGAGUACUUCAACGUCCCAGUUCCUCCUGAGGGCGAGGAGGGCAACGAGGAGCUACGGCAGAAGUUUGAGAGGGCAAAGAUUGGUCCGAGCACCAAGAACACAGAAGGCUCGGCCUCCAAGUUCGACUCCAACGGGAACAGAGACCGCAUGAAGCUGUCGGACUUUAACUUCCUGAUCGUGUUGGGCAAGGGUAGCUUCGGCAAGGUGAUGCUAGCAGAACAUAAGGACAGAGAGGAGCUGUACGCCGUAAAGAUCCUGAAGAAGGACGUGGUGAUUCAGGAUGAUGAUGUGGAGUGCACCAUGGUGGAGAAGAGGGUCCUGGCCCUGUCCGGGAAACCUCCCUUCCUCACACAGCUCCACUCCUGCUUCCAGACCAUGGACAGGUUAUAUUUUGUGAUGGAGUAUAUCAACGGAGGAGACCUCAUGUAUCAGAUCCAGCAUGUCGGCAAGUUCAAGGAACCUCACGCUGUGUUCUAUGCAGCAGAGAUAGCCAUAGGUCUGUUCUUCCUUCAUCUGAAAGGAAUCAUUUACAGAGAUCUGAAGCUGGACAACGUCAUGCUGGAUGCUGAGGGACACAUUAAGAUCGCAGACUUUGGGAUGUGCAAAGAGAACAUGUUAGACGGUGUCACCACCAAGACCUUCUGUGGGACCCCAGACUACAUCGCUCCUGAGAUCAUUGCUUACCAGCCCUAUGGGAAGUCAGUGGACUGGUGGGCCUUUGGAGUUCUGCUGUAUGAGAUGCUGGCUGGACAGCCUCCCUUCGAUGGUGAGGACGAGGAUGAGUUGUUCCAGUCCAUCAUGGAGCAUCACGUCUCCUACCCCAAGUCUAUGUCCAAGGAGGCUGUCGCCAUCUGCAAAGGG